AAAGGGCCAACAGCAUCACAUGCAGCGCUGUAUGUCAGUCGUAGCCUGUCUUUGGAACCUGGUGGUCUCGCUGUUCGAGGUGCGCGUGAAAAAUGUCGUGUUGUUUCCCAUUGGCUGAAUAGUGGUGCUGGGGCAAAAGAGCUGCUGUUUCUGCUUAGUGAGGUGUGCUGCUGUAUGAAAGUGAAGCAGAUCUCAUGGCGAUAAUAUUCAUGCUAAAUAAGAUGGAUCGAUAAUCAACCGGGGAAGCACAGUGAAGUGAAGUUAAGUGAAGCUGUAACUGAAGGAGCAUAUAUGUUAUCUUAUUAAACCUGCCCGAAAUAAUACGACGACAGGCGACGGGACGGGAAACAACGCGCUUGGUUGGGACCGAGCAACUCGGAAGCAAAAUGACUUUUGUCACUGAUGUUGGCAUUCAUCAUUUCGUGGCAUGGUUCCUGCUAAUGUGCAGUGGCAUUUCAACGCAAGCACUAGCUUUAGAGUAUCCCAAAAUUACGGAACAUCCGCUAGACGUCAUCGUACCUCGUCACGAUCCAGCAACGCUCAACUGUAAAGCGGAAGGCGUCCCGACACCAACAAUCACAUGGUUUAAAGAUGGUGAACCGAUUAAAGCCGAACCGGGGUCUCAUAAAAUGCUGCUGCCCGCCGGGGGUUUAUUUUUUCUGAAGGUCGUGCACUCACGUCGUGAGACUGAUGCGGGUGUUUACUGGUGCGAAGCGACGAACGAGCUUGGUGCUGUCAGGAGUAACAAUGCAACGCUCCAAGUAUCAGUGCUGCGGGAAGAGUUUCGCCUGGAACCACAAAACACACGGGUAGCGCAGGGUGAAACGGUACUGCUGGAAUGCGGACCACCGAGAGGCUCACCGGAACCUACCGUUUCCUGGCGCAAAAACGGACAAACUUUGGAUCUAUCCAGCUCCAAGCGCAUCCGUAUCGUGGACGGUGGCAAUUUGGCCAUACAAGAUGCUCGCCAAUCAGACGACGGUCGCUAUCAGUGUGUGGCGAAGAAUAUAGUUGGAGUGCGCGAAUCCACCGUUGCCUUUCUGCGAGUGCACGUGAAACCAUUUCUAAUACGUGGGCCCCAGGAUCAGACCGUUGUUGCCGGUAGCUCGGUAGUGUUUCAGUGCCGGGUCGGAGGAGAACCAUUGCCAGAUGUUCUGUGGAGGCGAACCGCUUCCGGAGGCAACAUGCCGCUCGAACGAGUCCGUGUGCUGGAGGACAGAAGCUUACGAAUAGAUGACAUCACAAUCGAAGAUAUGGGCGAAUAUAGCUGCGAGGCGGACAAUGCUGUCGGAUCCAUCACCGCAUCCGGUACAUUGGUGGUGCAUUCACCUCCCAGCUUCCUGGUACGGCCCAAAAAUCUGCUUAUCGAGCCAGGAUCGGAAGCAUUAUUCGAAUGUCAGGCAACCGGACACCCAUACCCAACGCUUUUUUGGUCGGUAGAAGGCAACCGUACGCUGCUGCUACCGGGCAGCCGGAUGGAUAACUUGGAGGUUACACAUAACGCAGACGGUACCAGUGUGCUCUCCAUUACACAGAUCGGCCGCAUGGACAAUGGGAAGGUGAUCGUGUGCAGUGCCGUCAACAGUGUCGGCAGCGUCAGCACGCGCGUCGUGUUGAGCGUAAAUCUUCAAGAUGAUCGGCCGCCGCCCCUAAUUCUGCAGGGUCCAUGCAAUCAAACGUUGCCCAUCAAAUCCGUUGCCAUCUUGCCGUGCAAGGCGAGUGGCGUGCCUCCGCCGGUGAUAUCGUGGUACAAGGAUGGCAUACCGGUAUUAGCCACAGAGAAGAUAAACAUCACCGAGUCAGGAACGCUGGCCAUAGCCGAGUUGAGCAAAAUCGAUGACAGCGGGUUGUAUACCUGCGUCGCUAGCAGCAAAUCUGGCAAAACUACCUGGAGCGCAGUGCUGCGGAUUGACGUUCCAACGAAUCCAAACAUCAAAUUCUACCGUGCACCAGAAGCGGCUACCUUCCCUGGGCCACCCGGUAAGCCACAGGUAACGAACAUAACCGAAACUUCCAUCACAAUCUCUUGGGCGAGCAGUAGCAAGGUCGGUGCAUCCAGCCUGCUCGGCUAUACGGUGGAACUGUUUGGACGCAACCAAACCGAAGGCUGGUUGCAGGUUGCGAAUCGUCUCCAAAACAAUAUUUUCACACAGACCGGGCUGAGCGCUGGUGUGACGUACUACUUCGUAGUUCGUGCCGAAAACUCUCACGGUUUAUCACUGCCAAGUCCACUUUCGGAACCUAUUCUGCUCGGAAUGAGUGACAGUUUUGGUGCUGGUAUCGACAUGAGUGAAGCCAGAGCCAGUUUACUGUCGGGAGAUGUAGUAGAGCUCGUUAAUGCUACCGCAAUCGAUUCCACCUCAAUGAAGCUGGUGUGGGAGAUCAUCAAUGGGAAGUAUGUGGAGGGUUUUUAUAUUUACUCACGAGCCACCACGAACUCCGAUCGUGCAGCCGGAGGACAAUCGUACAAAAUGAUGACCGUUUUGAAUGCUGGCGCAUCGUCUUGUUCUGUGACGGGACUAGAGAAGUACACGGAGUACGAGUUCUUUGUGGUACCAUUCUACAAAACGGUCGAAGGCAAACCAUCGAACUACCGUCUAGCAAGAACACUCGAAGACGUACCAUCGGAACCACCCUACGGCAUGGAAGCUUUGCUGCUGAACUCUUCUGCAGUGUACCUAAAGUGGAAAGCACCGGCUGCAAAAGCACAAAAUGGUAUUCUCCGAACUUACAAUAUUAUCGUGCGAGGAGUCGAUUUGCGUACAAACUACUCCAAAGUGCUUAGCAAUGUAACGAUUGAAGCAACCUCAUCAACGCUGCUGCUUGCAAAUUUGACCGAAGGUGUAACGUACACGGUCAGCAUAGCCGCUGCUACUUCCGCCGGCUUGGGACCAUUCAGCAGUCCUGCAACAUUGCGUCUCGAUCCGAUCACCAAGCAACUGGAUCAAACUUCUCACCGAUACCCGAUCAAUCAUAAUAAUAUGGACGAUAUCCUUACGCAGCCCUGGUUCAUCGCGGUACUGGGUUGCAUACUCGUACUCAUGAUGAUCUCGUUCGGUGCAAUGGUGUUCGUCAAGCGUAAGCACAUGAUGAUGAAACAGUCAGCGCUUGCCGCUUUACGUGCUCAUCCCGCUGGAGGUGUCGUAAGAUACCUCGCAACGAUAGCCUCUGGAUGAAUCCAUCCAAUAUGGUGUGGGGAUAUCAGACAUCAGGAAGAAGCAAGGACCACAUACAGGACUACGCUCCAGUAGGCACGACCUCUA